AUGACUACCAGUUUCGAGCAUUCUGCUAUGAAAAGCAGCUUUUCGCUGUCGUCACUUGGUAACGCACCAGCGCCUCCUGGUGGGCGUUGUGAGCAACUCGAGAGGCCCUACCACAGCCUCACUAAAAAGAGAAAAGAGCCAUGUCGUGAAGCUUGGAGACGAAGUUGGGGCUCUGCAGCUAGUGGUGGUAGCGCCAUCGACGAUCUCUGGCCCCUACUUCAACAUCACUACGAUUAUAUUAUGGAUAAUCAGAUCAUCGAUACUUGUAAGGAGGCAAACGGCGAAUUGCUAUCGCACAAUUCGUCAGUGUUGCAACAUGGGCCCCGGCUGCUGAACCCUACGUCGGGUUUUAACCGGCAGUGGUCGCUCAGCCAGCUGAUUGCAGAGUUCACAGAGUUGUGUCAAUGGCUCACACAUGUGCAGGAGGAAAUCUAUUCUAGUCCAGAGAACCUAUCCAGUAGAAAACUGCGGACGAGUCGAAUGUCGGAGUUGAAAUCAGUGGAACCAAGAAGAGUGAAGUUUAUAGAACAAGCCUCUGCUAUCUUGGAGAGGAUACCAGAAGCAAGUGCAGAGGUGACAUGGCGUAUGGAACAUUUGAAUGUGAAAUGGGAAGGAUUGCGGCUGUUACUGAGCCCCGAACAACAAAAUAAGGACGGUGAAGGAUCUGAUACAGUCGCUAAGACCGCCGAAGCGACCGCAGCAGCAGAUCGCGUUGAUAGUCCAUGCCGUUCACAUACUUUAACUACUGUUGGCAGCGCCAGAGUGUUCCGAUUGAAAGAAGUAGAUGGAGUCUCAUUUACACGUACGUCAUUCGGAGAAAGCUCUGUUGCUGGCGACUGCGGUUUCGGCGGCAACUCGCGCACGGGAACAAGAUUGGUUUCUUGGAGUGUACUUGGAAAACAUGUGUGCUCUAACCGCUUCAAAUUUUCUUGUCUCUGA